AUGAAGACCGGCCCUCAUUCGUAAAUUGAAGUUGACGCUUCCCGCUCAUACGCACAUAAUAUACUAAUAUAUAAACGCAUCAUCCCCCUACGGUCGAUCCUCCCAUCGCAUCCCAAUAUGUUUCGUCUGUGUUUGCUUCUUGUACUCAUCUCUCAUGCUCUGUCGUCGGAGCUAUGCAACCCCGCCGACAAGAAAGCUCUGCUGCAGCUCAAGAAAGAUCUCAACAAUCCCUACCUCCUAGCCUCAUGGAACCCCGCCACCGAUUGCUGCGACUGGUACACCGUCACUUGCGAUCCCAAAACCCACCGCAUCGUCUCCCUAACCAUUCUUGAUUCCACCGCCCGCUCUAAUUUCUCCGCUCAAAUCCCGCCUUCCAUCGCCAAUCUCCCUUUCCUCCGCUCUCUGGAAUUCCACAAGCUCCCCAAUCUCACCGGCCCGCUCCAGCCUGCCAUCGCCCGCCUCACUCGUCUCACCUUCCUCCGCAUCAGCUGGACCAACCUUUCCGGUCCCGUUCCGAGCUUCCUGGCCCAGCUCAAUAGCCUCACUUUCCUGGACCUCUCGUUCAAUAAUCUUUCUGGCACAAUCCCGCCUUCUCUCUCCCAAUUGUCUGGCCUCGCCGCCCUUCACUUGGACCGCAAUCACCUCACGGGUUCGAUCCCUGAGUCCUUCGGUUACUUCAAGAGCAGCCCUGAUCUUUAUCUCUCUCACAACAAUCUCUCCGGUCAGAUCCCCAACUCUUUCAUCAACUUGAACUUGACUACCAUAGAUUUGUCGCGGAACAAGCUGGAGGGAGACGCGUCCAUGCUGUUCGGGUCCAAUAAAACGGUGCAGAUAGUUGACCUCUCGAGGAAUCUGUUGGCGUUUAAUGUGAGCAAGGUGGUGUUCCCGAGCAGCCUGACGUCGCUGGAUCUGAAUCACAAUAAGGUGUACGGGAGUCUUCCUGGGGGGUUGACGGAACUGAAUUUUCAGUACUUGAAUGUGAGCUAUAACAGGCUGUGCGGUCAGAUUCCGGUGGGAGGAAAGUUGCAGAGCUUCGACGUGUAUUCCUAUUUCCAUAACAGCUGCCUUUGCGGCUCGCCGUUACCGGCAUGCAAAUAAUUGCUCUUCCCGUGCCACUAAACGGCUACGUAUUCCGCGGCGCAUAAAAUAAACAGCUGAGCCGCGAACACGGCGAUUAUAUGUUCCUCUGUGUGUGUGUGUGUGUGUUUCAUUAGACGAUGUUUUAAUUACUAUCUUUCGCCACAAGCAGCGAGCUGCGUUGAAUGUUAAUUUGCUCUACCCAGCAAAUCACAAUAAAAUUGAUACCUACAUUCAUUAAA